CUCUCCCGGUCGAUGAAGCUGAGCAGAUGGCCACCUUAUGGUACAAGGCGGGGGACACUACGAGGGGCAAGUGCUACACGGACGUGGCAGCCAGCCUUGAGGCCGCCAGCAGGCCAGUGGAGGUCAACGUUCACCAGCUAGUGCAGCAACAGCACGCAGCUGUUCGGCGAUUGGAGAAGCAGCUCGGGAGCCAGCUCAACCGCCUGCUCAAGCGGAAGCAGGAGACCGUGGAGCUGGAGGAGCAGGUUCGCCUCUCGAGGGAUCAGCUCACGAAGGCCGAGGAGGAGGACAAGGCUGCUGUGGUCAAGUUUCGAGAGAGCAGUGGGGUUGUCGGUGUUGGCGAUGCCGACGUCGGUGGCGCUCGCAGCGCCCCUGCUGUUCCACUCAGAGACAUCAUGGAGGGUAAGUGUGACCUCUCUAGCAUCAUCAAGUUCGAUAUCAUAGAGGAGUUCGAGAGCAGUGAGCUCGACAUUUCGGAUGGCGAUCGGAAGGAGGACGAGUCGAGGCUGGAGCAGCUGCAGAAGGGCGCGCAGGACUUGUCGAAGACUCUGUUCGAGAAGCCCACGUCCACGGCCACGGAGGUCAAGGUGAAGAUGGCGAGGGGCUUCCUGGUCAGGGAGACGACGGAGACGCACGCGGUGCAGCUGCGGGUGCUGGGACGGGACCUGCUGAGCCACCUGAGCCAGGCGCCGCCUCUCAGCCUGCCGCAGCCCCAGCUGCGACGGCAGCUGACAUCAGAGCUCGGGUUGACCAACAUUUGUCAG